CAAUAAAACAGCAUUCAGCAUGUUGCUUCAUCCUUAUUGUCUUGCUGAGCUCCCUGAUUGGUCGAAAUGGUGAGAAACUUCAGCCAGGCCAGAACCCACAUAUUCAUAUGGAGAUGUGAGAUUAUAAAAGUGAGAUGAAGAUGAGAGAGAGAGAGAUAAGAUUGCUACAGCACAGAUAUCCAGGCAUGGCACCUACAAUCACUGCAGCAAUGAGCAAUUCUCAGAAGCAUUCAACUCUGAAUCACAAGCUCAGAAAGCCUCUGGUGGAGAAGUUACGCAGAGAGCGAAUCAACACCUGCAUUGAGCAGCUCAAGUCUCUCCUGGGUCCAGAGUUCCUCAAACAGCAGCCAGACUCCAAACUGGAGAAGGCAGACAUCCUGGAGAUGACAGUUUGCUUCCUGAGACGACUGCAGCAGCAGCGUAAAGCUGUGGACUCAGCAGCUGUUGAUAAGGGCUACUCCAGAUGUGUCCAAGAGGUGGCACAUGUUCUGUCCAAAGAGGAGGUGAACACUCUGUCUCACAGAAGACUGCUGAACCACAUCAACAAACUGCAAAACUCCUCUGACAACCUGAGAGAGGCUGAUAUCUCUCGACUGAGCUACACAGUCCAGACCACCAUGACCAAAGAUAAGACUCGAGUCAACAGCUCCCUCUGGAGGCCGUGGUGGACACCAACUGUCAGAAGUUGUUAA